AUGAAUCAAGCUUACGCUUUAACCACUGGAUCCCCCUUGGAACUAAGCAGGCAGAGUGAAGAACUGCGGGUUUUGAACCGCUCCAAAAGAGGCUGGGUUUGGAAUCAAAUGUUUGUCCUGGAAGAAUUUUCUGGACCUGAACCGAUUCUCGUUGGCCGGUUGCACACAGACCUGGAUCCUGGAAGCAAAAAAAUCAAGUAUAUCCUAUCAGGUGAUGGAGCUGGGACAAUCUUUCAAAUAAAUGAUAUAACUGGAGAUAUCCAUGCUAUAAAAAGACUUGACCGAGAGGAAAAGGCUGAGUAUACAUUAACAGCUCAGGCAGUGGACUGGGAGACAAACAAACCUCUUGAGCCUCCUUCUGAAUUUAUUAUUAAAGUUCAAGACAUCAACGACAAUGCACCAGAGUUUCUCAAUGGACCUUAUCAUGCUACUGUGCCAGAGAUGUCCAUUUUGGGUACGUCUGUCACUAAUGUUACAGCCACCGAUGCAGAUGACCCAGUUUACGGAAACAGUGCAAAGUUGGUUUACAGUAUCUUGGAAGGACAGCCGUAUUUUUCCAUUGAGCCUGAAACAGCUAUUAUAAAGACUGCCCUUCCAAACAUGGACCGAGAAGCCAAGGAGGAGUACCUGGUCGUAAUCCAAGCCAAAGAUAUGGGAGGACACUCUGGAGGUCUGUCUGGAACCACAACACUUACAGUGACCCUUACUGAUGUUAAUGACAAUCCUCCAAAAUUUGCACAGAGUUUGUAUCACUUCUCAGUACCAGAGGAUGUGGUUCUCGGCACUGCAAUAGGAAGAGUUAAAGCUAAUGAUCAGGAUAUUGGUGAAAAUGCACAGUCAUCCUAUGAUAUCAUUGAUGGAGAUGGAACAGCACUAUUUGAAAUCACUUCUGACGCCCAGGCACAGGAUGGUGUUAUAAGACUGAGAAAGCCUCUGGACUUCGAGACCAAAAAAUCCUAUACACUGAAGGUGGAGGCAGCCAAUAUCCACAUCGACCCACGUUUCAGUGGCAGGGGACCAUUUAAGGAUACAGCAACAGUCAAAAUUGUUGUGGAGGAUGCUGAUGAGCCCCCAGUCUUCUCUUCACCAACUUACCUCCUUGAAGUUCAUGAAAAUGCUGCUUUGAACUCUGUGAUUGGCCAAGUGACAGCACGUGACCCUGAUAUCACUUCUAGUCCAAUCAGGUUCUCCAUCGACCGUCACACUGACUUGGAAAGACAGUUCAACAUCAAUGCAGAUGAUGGGAAGAUAACACUGGCAACUCCACUUGACAGAGAAUUAAGUGUCUGGCACAACAUCACCAUCAUUGCUACUGAGAUCAGAAACCACAGCCAGAUAUCCCGAGUGCCCGUUGCUAUUAAAGUGCUGGAUGUCAAUGACAACGCCCCUGAAUUCGCAGCCGAAUAUGAGGCAUUUUUAUGUGAAAAUGGAAAACCCGGCCAAGUCAUUCAAACAGUAAGUGCCAUGGACAAAGAUGAUCCCAAAAAUGGACAUUAUUUCUUGUACAGUCUUCUUCCAGAAAUGGUCAACAACCCAAAUUUCACCAUCAAGAAAAAUGAAGAUAACUCCCUGAGCAUUUUGGCAAAGCAUAAUGGAUUCAACCGCCAGAAGCAAGAACUCUACCUAUUACCUAUAGUGAUCAGUGACAGUGGGAACCCACCUCUGAGCAGCACCAGCACCUUGACUAUCCGGGUCUGUGGCUGUAGCAAUGAUGGUGUGGUCCAGUCAUGCAAUGUUGAAGCUUAUGUCCUUCCCAUUGGACUUAGUAUGGGCGCCUUAAUUGCCAUAUUAGCAUGCAUCAUUUUGCUGCUAGUCAUUGUGGUUCUGUUCGUUACCCUAAGGCGGCAUAAAAAUGAGCCAUUAAUUAUCAAAGAUGAUGAAGAUGUUCGGGAAAACAUCAUUCGCUACGAUGAUGAAGGAGGCGGGGAGGAGGACACAGAGGCUUUUGACAUUGCAACUUUGCAAAACCCAGAUGGAAUUAAUGGAUUUUUACCCCGUAAGGAUAUUAAACCAGAUUUGCAGUUUAUGCCAAGGCAAGGGCUUGCUCCAGUUCCAAAUGGUGUUGAUGUCGAUGAAUUUAUAAAUGUAAGGCUGCAUGAGGCAGAUAAUGACCCCACGGCCCCACCAUAUGACUCCAUUCAGAUUUAUGGCUAUGAAGGCCGAGGGUCUGUGGCUGGCUCCCUCAGCUCCUUGGAGUCCACCACAUCAGACUCAGACCAGAAUUUUGACUACCUCAGUGACUGGGGUCCCCGCUUUAAGAGACUGGGCGAACUCUACUCUGUUGGUGAAAGUGACAAAGAAACUUGACAGUGGAUUAUAUAAACAAUCUAUGGAACUGAGCAUUCUGUAAUAUUCUAGGGUCACUCCCCUUAGAUACAACAAAUGUGGCUAUUUGUUUUAGAGGCAAGUUUAGCACCAAUCAUCUAUAAACUCAACCACAUUUUAAUGUUGAACCAAAAAAAAUAAUAAAAAUAAAAAGUAUAUGUUAGGAGGUUAUAAAUCUUGUGGAGUGUGAAUUAAGUAUGUGGAGUGUCUAGAAGUCUUUGGAUAUUUGAUAUUUACCUGACUGCCUCAGUCAGAGAUUGGGAUCCUAGCUAAUCAUUAGAGAAUU